UUGAAAUCAUUUCAACAACAUGGCGGAUUUCGAUAUUGGUGAAUCACUUCCGACUGAAGAUUCCCAGUUGCACGCCGUUAUGACUUCUCAAAGAGACAUUAAUUCAAUAAAGACUGUUGGAGGUGAAGAUGUUCAUAGCUCUGAAGAUGGCGAGAAAUCAGUCGCUGAGAACAACGAUGAAGAGCGAAAACCGGCUGUACACAGAACUUUGGAAAAUGGGACGAACACUUCAAGUUCAACUGAUAGAGCUGAAAUGAGCGAAAAGAGCAUUAAAAAUAUUGACGAAUUGAAUACAAAGCAACAAAGCACUGUAGAAACACCGAAGCUGGAUUCAUUAGAACCUGGAGACCAGGAAAAAGUGCUUGAUAAUAAUGUUGAAAAGAAAGAGAACUCUGCAAACGGCAUACACCAAACAGAACAUUCACAAUCCCCAGCUGAAAGUAAUAUCAGUUCCAAGAAUAUCCAGGAAAAUUCAACAAGUGAUCAUGAAAGUGGCAGUCACAGAUCUCCAAAUAGGGAGAGUAAAGCUGAAUACAGGAAGAUCAAAAGUGAAGUAACAGGAGAAGCAGAAACGUCCGAAAGCGAAGGAGAAGAAAAAGAUACAAAGACUAGUGAUCAAACUGAAGAUACUUGGAUGGAUAUACUAGGAAAUGGGCUACUUCAAAAAAGGGUGUUGCGUGAAGGAAAGGGUCAGGAUACUCGACCAGACAAAGGGCAACGUGUUAUGAUACAGUCAGCUGGACGUACAGAGGAUGGGACAGCUGUUGACUGGAAUAGCAAUUUGGAGUUCAUUCUUGGGGAAGGAGAGGUUAUCCAAGCCUUUGACAUAGGAAUAUCCCUUAUGGAGCUGGAUGAGGUGUGUGAACUUGUUACAGAUGCAAGAUAUGCCUAUGGCAAAGCAGGAAAGCCUGAUGCAAAACCUCCCAUCCCUCCUGAUGCUAAAAUUACUUAUGAAAUACAACUCUUGUCAGUUCGAGAUGGUCCUAAUAUCAAUACCAUGAGUGAUAAAGAAAGAAUUUCCACUGGGGAGAAAAAGAGAGAAAUGGGAAAUGAUCUUUACACUGGAGGUGACUAUGCUGGGGCAAUCAACAGUUAUCAAAGAGCCAUAAAAUAUCUGGGAUCAUCCACAUCUGAGGAAGUUCAAAGCUUGAGGGUGAAAUGUUGGAAUAACAUGGCUGCUGCCCAGCUAAAGAUUAAGGCUUAUUCUGCGGCAGAGAAAUCUUGUUCUCAGGUAUUACAAGUUGAUCCUGACAAUGUCAAGGCUCUGUUUAGGAAAGGCAAGGUUUUAGCGUCCAGUGGAGACACAGACCAAGCCUUAGGCUUUAUUAAGAAAGCAGGUCAGCUGGAUCCAAGUAAUCCAACAAUAAAGAAAGAACUCAAUCGACUAAAACAACUACUGGCUUCGGAAAAAGAAAGCGAAAGAAGUAUGUACCGACGAAUGGUCGGAGAUCUAACCAGAAGAGGAAGUAAGAAAAACAACCGAUCGUUUCUCGGAUGGCAGCUUGUUUUUGGAGCUACAGUUGUCGCCCUGGGUGGAAUUCUUAUGGCUAUUUAUCUUACCAAGCACUGAGCAGUUGCUUCACAAGUCUCCAAGUUAUGUGUUUAGAUGUUUUCAGAUAAGUAAUAAAAGGCAGUAAGAAGUCGGCUGCGUUAUAGAUUUAUUAGUUCCGCUGCAUUUAAACCGUCAUGUGACGUACAGCUAUGAAUAUGCAUACUGAUGUAACAGUGUAAAGGGUUAAACGUGACAUUGCUCCUUGAAUUAUUUUGAACGCUCGCCAGGAGACCUGCUGUGAUAUUAUAGUUUUGAAAAUAUUCAUGUAAAAGUCGUGGAUUACAUGUUUGUUGGCUGAUAGAUUGAUGUCAGUUUUGAACAAGGCGGAUUUUGUAAGCGAGCAACUGAAUUCUAGAUAUGUUAAACAAUAAAAAGAUACACUACAAA